AUUUAUUAUUAUGUAUUGUAUGCUGUUUGUACUCACUUGCUGAUACAUAUUACUGGAAAUGAAGGAUUCAGUCAGUGAAGCGGGGAAACGUAUGCGAAAAUUUAGUCGUGGUCAUAGACGAGCUUUUUCAGUACCAAAUGCUAGUGUUAAUCGUACUCGAAUAUCUGUUGCCGAAGAGGGUGAUUUCCCGGCAUGUGCGCAGAAGCAGAAAACGACAGAAGAGCUAUUCAAAGCAGUAACCUAUAUUUCAAAUGGAUUGCCAGUUAUGCUGCCGGUUUCAGAAGAUGAUGAUGCUGAUCUUACUGUGAAAAUCAGCGAAGAGGAGAUAAAUCUUCCAAAUGAAGGAAAUAUUAAACGUGGUGUACGAGUUGCUGUUAGAAGGAUUUGGGAAGCACGAUGGAAGGCUACGAAUUUUGAGCUGCUUCCAGAAUGGUUGCAAGAUAACGAAUAUUUGCGUACUGGACAUAGGCCACCACUACCGAGUUUUGGCUCGUGCUUCAAAAGUAUAUUUUCUCUACAUACGGAAACCGGUAACAUCUGGACUCAUUUGUACGGUUGUGUAGCAUUCAUUGGAGCUGGAGCCUGGUUUUUAACGCGUCCAUCAACAUUGGUGCAGUCAGAAGAUAAAAUUGUGUUUGGGACAUAUUUUGUUGGUGCAGUGGCUUGUUUGGGAUUAUCAUUUGCCUUUCAUACAGUACAGUGCCAUUCUGUUGAAGUUGGGAAACUAUUUAGCAAAUUGGAUUAUACUGGUAUUUCCUUACUUAUUGUUGGCUCUUUCAUUCCAUGGAUUUAUUAUGGAUUUUACUGUCGUUUGCUACCUAUGAUUGUGUAUUUAACUAUGAUUUCCGUUCUUGGACUUGCUGCAGUUAUCGUAUCUCUGUGGGAUAAAUUUGCUCAACCGCAAUACCGACCUUUACGAGCUGUUAUUUUCAUAGCUAUGGGUUUAAGCAGUGUUGUGCCAGCAUUACACUUGCUAAUUACUGAUGGUAUUUCGUACCUUUUAAGUGAAGCAUCAUUAUUUUGGUUUUUACUGAUGGGUAUUUUAUAUAUAACGGGUGCUGUUUUAUACGCUACUCGUACACCUGAAAAAUGUUUCCCUGGGAAAUUUGAUUUAUGGUUACAAUCACAUCAACUGUUCCAUAUGUUUGUGGUAGCUGCAGCUCUAGUUCAUCUAUAUGGUAUCAGUAAAACAGCUGUGAAACGUCUGGAAAAAGGAUCCUGCGCUGAACAAAUGCUGGAACAGCAAGGAUAUGAUGACGAAUCAUAAUUCAUACCUAAAAUAAUUGAUUAUAGUUUGUUGAAUAAAAAGUUGUCAUU